CUUUUUCGCACUUUAUUCGUCUUUAGGAAACCAAAAUCAACGGAUGGUAAAAAUUGAACGGACGGCUAAGAUUGAACUGAACGGAUUUUCGCGUCGGAGUAGUUGAGCCACCUUUUUAUGUUUUCCUGUGGCAGCUAAAAAGAAGAAGUGUUGAAUUGAUUUUGCAAUAAAUCUGCGAAAAGCAUCUUUGCGUCGGCCGUGUGUGCGAGUGUGAUCAAACAUAAAUAACGUGCAAUUACGGCAAAACGAAUAUGUGCAAUUUUAAUACGAAAUAAUAAAACGAAUCUCUUUGAUUUGUGUGCGUUUACAAAUUAAUUCUGCAAAUGAAUGUGCGAAAGAAUCUCAAUGAACAGUCAAAUUGAAUGAAAAGUCGCAGCGAAAAUUGAAAGCCAGCAAGGAGGAAACGCAAGGAAAGCAAGUUGAAGGAUAUGCCUCAAAGCUGAUCGAUUGACCGAGUGAACGAUUGCGCCGCAAGUUGGUUAAAUGCUACAUAAUGUCGGCCAAGCACAUCGAACAGUAUACGAAUCCCUCCUUUGAACAGGAGUCCGACCCGCCGCCUCCCUCAGGGGGCGUGACAGAUGUGGGAGCAGGCACCAUCAACAGCAGCAACAGCAAUAGCAAUAAUGCCAACGAUGCCGGCACGGCAAAUCGCAAAGGUCACAGGCGCCAGGAAUCGAUGUACCAGAUGACCGGCCUCUACUCGGAGACGAAUAGCGGCGAUGACAGCAGUAUAGAUGCGGCCCUUGACCACGAUAAUCAGCCCCAUGCCACGUCAUACCUGGCCGGAGAUCAGCUGCCGUCGUUGGGAGCGGGCGGCGGUGGGCCAGUGAGUGCAGAAAGUGUGACGGUCAAGUGCCACAGUCGACAGGCGUCGGCAGGUAAAUGCCCGGCUGAUCCGGAGGAGGACUUCGAUGAGGAGCAGUUCCGAUCAGGCGAUUGUGGCAUCCUAAACUGUCGGCCCUAUGGAAUCCAGCGCUUCGCCCGCAUCAAAAUCUUUGUCCUGUUGCUGUCCCUGCUGGUCAUGAUGCAGCAGGCCCUCAGUUCAGGUUACAUUAACUCGGUGAUCACCACGAUCGAGAAACGUUUCGAGAUCCCUUCCAGCUAUUCCGGGCUAAUAGCCUCUAGCUACGAGAUCGGAAACGUGAUCACGGUGAUCUUCGUCAGUUACCUGGGCAGCAGGCGUCACAUUCCCGUGUGGAUUGGCAUUGGAGCAGUAAUCAUGGGCAUUGGCUCGCUGGUCUUUAUGGUGCCGCAUUUUACAGGCGAACCCAAUCCUGGUAUUGCGAUCGUCAACAAAACCAGCGAUAACAUUUGCAAGAGUGCCUUGGUGAGAGACCAGGACAUGGAUCUAGGUCGCCUGUCCAGUGGACUGUCCAAUCAACCAUUGGCGCCCCAUACUCUACGGGAGGACAACUGCCUGGAGGGCAAAGCCUCUACCACGGGUCCCGUUUUGCUCUUCGUGCUAGCCCAGCUGCUUCUUGGCUGCGGUGGUAGUCCACUUUUCACUCUGGGCACCACUUACAUAGAUGAUCACGUCCGGACGGAGAGCUCUUCGAUGUAUAUCGGCUGCAUGUACAGCAUGGGAGCUUUUGGACCUGUUGUGGGAUUCCUGCUAGGCGCCUACCUGCUUUCCUUUCACAUGGACUCACUCUCCUCCACCACCAUAUCGAUUACUCCCGGCGACAGGCGUUGGGUGGGCAUGUGGUGGGGAGGUUUCCUGCUAUGCGGAGUCAUUCUGCUGGUGGUGGCCGUGCCCUUCUUUUCAUUCCCCAAGGUCCUGGCCCGCGAAAAGAAGAAAAUACGAAAGAGCAGCGUGGUGCAGCCAGUUUUGCCAAAUAACUCCGGAGCCACUGUGGCGACAGAUGAGAUGGGCAAGGUGAAGAAGUUGGAAAUAGUGGCCGUGACCAGCAAGGAGGACCAAUCGCAGACGCCCAAGGUGGACACGGGCUAUGGGAAGGACAUCAAGGAUAUUCCGCAAUCGAUGCUGCGCCUUGUUAAGAAUCCCGUGUACAUCGUGACCUGCCUGGGUGCCUGCAUGGAGCUAAUGAUCGUUUCCGGCUUUGUGGUCUUCCUGCCCAAGUACCUAGAGACGCAGUUCAGCUUGGGCAAAAGUCAGGCCAACAUAUUUACCGGAUCAAUCGCCGUGCCAGGAGCAUGCAUUGGCAUCUUUCUUGGAGGCUGUAUCUUGAAACGAUUUCAACUAAAGCCCAAGGGCGCCGUCCAAUUCGUCCUGAUCACUAACGUCAUCUGCCUGGCCUGCUACGCAAUGUUGUUCUUCCUUGGCUGCGACAACCUUAAGAUGGCUGGCACCACGAUCCCAUACUAUACCAGCAAUAAGCAUGGAUCUACUUUGGAACAGCCCUUCCAGGUUAACCUCACGGCUGCCUGCAACUUUGGUUGCGAGUGCCUGACCAGCGAGGUUGAACCAGUGUGCGGUAACAAUGGACUCACCUACUUCAGUCCCUGCCACGCUGGUUGCACGGCCUUCUCGUCCACAUCCAGCACCAACUACACCGACUGUGCAUGUGUUCGCGCCAAUAUCUCGAGCAGCAUUUAUCGUGGCGCUGGUGGCAGCCAGGCCCAGGCUCUUAGUGCCAACGAAAACUUCGCCGAGGUGACAGUGGUGCCGGUGGCCACUGCUGGUCCAUGUGCCACGCCCUGCCGCACCAUCUAUCCGUUCCUUAUACUUUUAUUCUUCAUGACAUUCGUGGUAGCCUCUACACAGAUGCCGCUACUGAUGAUUGUGCUGCGAUCUGUGUCCGAAGAGGAGCGCUCAUUUGCUCUGGGAAUGCAGUUUGUGAUCUUUCGUCUAUUCGGUUACAUACCGGCUCCCAUUCUUUUCGGAAAUCUUAUCGACUCUACUUGCCUAUUGUGGAAAUCGUCCUGUGGCGAGAAGGGUGGACGCUGUCUUAUCUACGACAUUGAAAAGUUCCGAUACAAAUAUGUUGGUUUGUGUGCAUCUGUGAAGUUGGUAGCAUUUGUUAUCUUUAUGGUGGAUUGGUGGUUGGUGCGAAGGCGGAAGCAGCUUGAGAAAAUGAAGCCCCUGAACGCAAGCGAUCCAAUCAUAGGUUCCAUCAUUAGCCUAGACAAAUUAUUUGAAGAGAAACUUUCCGGCGCCGAGCCGCCAACUGCAUUUGUUGGAGGUGGAGGAGAACUGAUCAUACCCACAGAGAUACUUCGCCAUUCCCGUAACGAUUCGCGAACCAUGCAAAUGGAUUACUGCUACGAUAAAUGCGGUCAUGUGGUAGCUCCGGCAAAUACCUGCAACCAGCCGCAGACCAAGUCAAAGAAACACUUCCGAAGCGCCUCGUGUGACGUAAAGAUGAUCAAGAGCUUUGCCAGAGAUCAUAAUUCGACCAGCGGGCCAGCUGAUGCGGCUGGUCAGGAUGCUAGCGGUGCCAGCACGAAAUAUAAGAAUCUCAAGAAGUUCCAAGCGCACACGCGUAAUCAUUCGACAGAUCUGCACGACCCCAGCCAACCCAUUCGAUAUAUUCAGAACCAACUUCGGCCGCAGGACUGUGCCGAAGAGGAUGAUGACGAUGAGUUGACCACCGGUUGUGGGCACUUUGUUAAGAAGCACUCACGGAACCAUAGCUACGACCAAAUCUACAUGCCGAACAAUAUUCGUUUCGAUGCGGAUUUCCUGCGACAUCCCCAUUCCCAUCAUAAUCCCAAGAAGAAUGUGAAUGUACUGAAAAACGUGGUGACGGAUAUUGGCAAGCUGAAGAACUCGAAUGAAAUUGAAGCUGGUGGAGCUGGAUCUCGUGGUCAUUCCCGGAACAACUCGAAGGAUUUGAACACCAAAAUUUCUAGUGCAUCUACUGCGAACAAUGCUUCUGGGCUGGUUGGAUCGGAAACCAGCAGUACGGGUCUAAGUGUGCUAAGGCAUCGGCGUACCAACUCCAAGGAUCUUAAUUACCAAAUCCUACCGGAGGCGACUACAUCUAGUUCCUUGGCAGGCCACCCGCAUCCCCAGCACACGCGGAAUACGUCACAUCACAAGAUUCAAAUUGAUGACGAUCGAAACGAACUCAUCAACGACAACGAUGACGAAGAAGAGGAGCGCUCGAAUUGUGCUUAGUGUUAUGUCGAAUAGCUUUAAGCUAGGAUUAUCGGUUUGUGGCAAAAACAGCAGUAGCAGCAAUGGCUUCAUUCCUGGCCAUAAACGCCUCAUCGGGUUUAAAGUGUGUGCGUGUUCCAUGCCCGUUUCCUGACGAAGUGACUCAACUCUCAGCUGCUCAUUGUACUUACGACCGAGUGUUCAAAUCUACUUAUCAUAGUAGAAGGCAUCUGAAAAUAGAAAUCCUUUUUGAUAUAUGCAACAUUCAACAAGAAUUCGUCUUCAAAUCCGAAUCCGAUAUGUUUACGAAUACACUUGCAGAUAAUAUUUAUGUAACCAGGCGUUAGAAUAGGUAUCCUAGUAAGCAAAUAGCAUAUUUUAGGCAUAGGCGUAGAUCGUUGUGAUAGGAAUAUUUUGUAUUGUAUUUUUAGUGGAGUGUAGAUCCGUGAAAAGUCGAUUAAGCGUUCGAACUGCUCGAUAUGUUUCGCUUUUAGAUCGACUUUGUGCAAUCUCGGUUUCGAAGUGAGACGAUUGACUGAGAACCAGUUAAAGAAUGGAAAGUGAACCGAAUAGCAAAUUACAAUGUUUUUUAAUAAUCCGAACAUGUAAAAACAAUUGUCAAUGGAAAUUGUGCUGUGAAACAAUGUGUGAGUAUAGAAAAAAAACAAAAAUAAUACCCAAACGAAAUCGUUGAAAUAGAAAGGAUGUUGGAAAUACGCUGAAUGUAAUUUUUAUGCAAUACAUAAUUUAGAGAAUCUUUGUGGAGUAACACAAACCACACAUUUUGCAUCCAAUAGAAGGGUUCGAAUGAAGCAUUAGGUCUGGACUAGUUUUACUACAAAAAGAAAAUCCUAAAUUCCCUGUUUUAAUCGUAGCGAGAAGAGGAAGUCUAGCCUAGAUUUUAAAACCGAAUGAUGUACUUUAAAUGCGAUAAUGCCUUAACAAAUAUCAAUUAAAUAUACACGCAGAUUAAAUCAGUAUCUCAACUGAAAAUGGGAAUUCAGCCGGUCCAUUCGGUUGUUUUCCCCAGCACUGCCCGAGUGCAAGACCCCCAGUUAGCCCUAAGUGAUGCAAUCUAGGUUAAUUAGUACCAACUAAUUCUAUGUUUACACCAGCCAGCCACAUAUAGUAGUGUAGGAAAGGAAGCAGAAGAGAGAGAGAGAGAGUAGCUCCCCGAGCACUAAAUAAAUACAUCCAUAUAAAUAAAUAUAUAUAUGUAUACAAUUCUACGUUAAUUAAGUACCUACGCGUAGCUAAUAAUUCGUAUCGGGUUAUGUGUUUGUACAACAUUACUUAUACAUUAUUGAUGAGCGAUUUUAAUACAGGCCACACGAAAGAAUGUGAGUCUUAGGUGCAAAAAUCAUAUAUAUCUAUAUAUAUAUGUUUAUGCGAAAAGUAUGUUUAAGGAAAACAUAUUUUUACUUAGAGAAAAUAUUGCAAAUAAACUAAAUAAGAACAUGU